UUGCCUAUACAUCACUUCCUAGCCGCUGCCGCCUCGGCCGCUGCUGACAUCGUUCUAGCUCGCUAUCAGUCUGCUGGCCGUGGGAGGCUGCUGGGGCGCAGCGCCCCACUAGCCUUUCUCCCUCGGGCUGCCUCUCUGGGGUUUGGUCGCCUUUUCAUGCUGCCGCCGCCGACAGGGUGCCCGCACCCCGAAGGGACUGUCUCUUCUCGGUAAUUCAUGGCUUGCCUGAGCAGUGAUGAGGUCCAGAAUUCAGCCACCAAGAGACUUUAUUCCAGGAUGGAGGCCUCCUGCCUAGAGCUGGCCCUGGAAGGUGAGAGGCUCUGUAAAUCUGGAGAUUUCAAAGCAGGAGCUGCCUUCUUUGAAGCUGCAGUCCAGGUGGGGACUGAAGAUCUGAAGACACUGAGUGCAAUCUACAGCCAGCUGGGGAAUGCCUACUUCUACCUGAAAGAGUACUCCAAGGCUCUUGAGUAUCACAAGCAUGACCUCACUCUGGCCAGGACUAUCGGGGACCGCAUUGGGGAAGCCAAGGCCAGUGGUAACCUGGGCAAUACCCUCAAAAUCUUGGGCCGCUUUGAGGAAGCUGUUGUCUGCUGCCAGAGACAUCUGGACAUUUCCCAGGAGCAGGGUGACAAGGUGGGGGAAGCAAGAGCCCUGUACAACAUCGGUAAUGUGUAUCAUGCCAAGGGGAAGCAGCUGUCCUGGAACUCUGCCCAGGACCCUGGCCACCUGCCCCUGGAUGUCAGGGAGACAUUGCAGAAAGCUUCAGAAUUCUAUGAGCGGAACCUGUCUCUGGUGAAGGAGCUGGGAGAUCGGGCUGCCCAGGGCCGGGCCUAUGGGAAUCUUGGCAACACCCAGUACCUCUUGGGAAAUUUUAGUGAAGCCAUCACCUUUCACAAGGAGAGACUUGCCAUUGCUAAGGAAUUUGGAGACAAAGCAGCCGAAAGGAGAGCCUACAGUAACCUAGGGAAUGCCCACAUCUUCCUGGGGCGAUUUGAUGUCUCAGCAGAGUAUUACAAAAAGACCCUCCAGCUGUCCCGACAACUGAAGGACCAGGCUGUGGAGGCCCAGGCCUGCUACAGUCUUGGCAACACCUAUACACUUCUGCAGGACUACGAGAGAGCUGUCGAGUACCACCUGCGACACCUGCUCAUCGCCCAGGAACUAGGGGAUAGAGUGGGUGAGGGCCGAGCCUGCUGGAGUCUGGGAAAUGCUUAUGUGUCCCUGGGAAGUCAUGAACAAGCGAUGACCUUUGCCAAGAAGCAUCUCGAGAUCUCCCAUGAGAUUGGAGAUAGGAAUGGGGAGCUCACAGCCCGCAUGAACAUCGCCCAGCUCCAGCUGGUCCUUGGUGGGGAUACCAACACCAAGGCAGGGGACAGGCCACACUAUCCUGGCUAUGAAGCUCAAGGUAAGGGCAGGCCUAAGAGGAUCCAGAGGCACAGUGUAGAGAACCUGGAUUUACUGAAGUUCCCACUGGAAAAGAAUCAGAACGGAGACAGCCACCACAUGGUGGAGCUGAAGAUGGCAGGCAAGGACUUCUUUUCCCUCUCUGUGAAAAGCCAGAAAUACCUUGAGGGUCCCCAGGAGGGGUGCGGCUUACCCUUGGACAGCACCCAUGACAUCCAAAUCCAGAUCCCCCAGACGAAAAAUCCACGUGCCCCAUCUGAUGAGGAAGUUUUCUUUGACCUACUGAGUAAGUUUCCAGAGCAAACCCGGAUGGGAACCCAACGCUGUCCCCUGGAAGAGGGCCAAGCUGGGGCAGCUGAGGCUAACACCCCUACUCCCACCCUGGAGGAAAGAAUAUCUCAGUCAUCCCUGAUGGCCUCCCCUCAGACAGAGGAGUUUUUUGACCUCAUUGCCAGCUCCCAGAGCCGCCGGCUGGAUGACCAGCGUGCCAGUGUGGGCAGCCUGCCGGGCCUUCGGAUCACCCAUAACAACUUGGGCCACCUUCGUGGGGAGGGGGAUGCUCAAGAGCCCGGAGAUGAAUUCUUCAACAUGCUUAUCAAGUGCCAGUCCUCCAGAAUCGAUGACCAGCGCUGUGCCCCACCUGACACGAUGCCCCGUGGCCCCACCAUGCCAGACGAAGACUUCUUCAGCCUCAUACAGAGGGUACAAGCCAAGCGGAUGGAUGAGCAGCGAGUGGAUCGCUCUGGCCAGGAGGAGGAGGUGGCGGCCAACAUGCGGUCAGAUGCCCCGCAGCAGUGCCGGCCCAAUGCCAGCUAAGGCUCCUUCACUGGAGGACACCCCAGGACAGGUGCAGCUGGAACACACCUGUGCAUCCCUGAGCCCUCACCUAGGAUCUGGGGAAAGAGAGACCCUCUUAUCUUCUCUCCUCUCUCUCCAGGCACUAGGGAAACCACAGACCAUGUGCAGAUCCUCAUGUCCCAGAAGAGGCCAAGAAACCCCGGAGGACAUAUGGCUGAGCUUGACAAGGUCACAGCCAGGCACUGGAAACCCAAAUAGAUGUGAACAGCCAGCCCUUCUUACCAUAGCCUCAAAGGGCAUCUUCUGGGGCCAAGGGUAGACAGUGCUAGAAUCUUACAAGGGAGUAACUGGUCCUCUCCUUCACCCUGUCAAGCCAGAGACCCCAGACUAAGUAUGGGGAAGGAUGGGGCCCCUCCGACACAGCUGGCCCCAUCCCUGCUGCUUUCCCUGACCUGGUACAUGAGUAGUGAGAAGCAGGCAGAAGCUGCCUUGACAAAGCAGCCAAGCUGGCCCUAGCUCUCUGCCCAGCUAAUCCCCAUUUAAUCCCCACUCUUCCCCUUGGCCCAACCUCCAGCCAUCCCACUGAGACCAGAAACCUGACAAAGUGCAAUAUAGUAUCAGCCCCCUCUGAGCCAUCUGUAUCCCUCAACUCACCAGGUUCCUUUCCUGUCCCUGACCAAGUGUGAACCCACCUGGCAUGCCAACCAUGGAGAUUCAUCAAAGGAUUCCCAUACCAUGAUGAAAACCUCCCAAGGAGCUGUUAAAGACAGAACUGAGUUCAAAUCCGGCCUCAGACACUUGACACUUACCAGCUAUGUGACCCUGGGGAAGUCACUUAACCUUCAUUGCCCCAGAAAAAAAAAGACAGUAAUGAGGUGUUAAAGACAUUUCUGUCCAGAGUCCAUGCACUGGUUGUGUACCUACUGAGAGUCACUGGCUAAGUGACAAUGCAACCCAUGCCAGGUCUGAAUUAACAGCCAAAAAACCAACCAGUUUCAAGCCUGGACUCCCUCCCAUCUCCAAUCUGGUUGUCCACUUUCCCAGCAUCCAUUUGAACUCCCCAGGAGCCAUGAACAGCAAAAAGAGGGUCCCCACCAAUAGGGCAUCAUUGGUAUUGCUAAGAUAGAAGACAGGAAAAGGUGAGAACAAAGGAGAGAUGUUCCCACCAGAAGCCCAACAAUACUGCCAGUUCAGCCAUGGAACUUUAAACCCCUAGAAUGGGUGGUGGGAUAUGGAUUGAUAGGGCCUGGGUAGGCCCAUGGGGGCAGGAGGAAAAGACCAGUGCACCCAUGCCUUUCCAGGUUAUCAGGAUGCCUUCAUGAGUCCCCCUCCACUGGUUAGGGCCCACUGUCUUUAGGUUUGGUCAGGACUGCUUCCUCACACACUGCUCCUGAGUCUUCUUUCUCCAGGAGUGUGAGCAGAGUGGUCCAGGCCACCUGGACAUGCAAGAGCUUAGUUCCUCAGCUCCUGAGGCAAGAGAAUAUGGAAUAUGAAGGCAUUGCUGGAGGAACAGCUGCUUCUGGCUUCAAUUUUUCUUUUUUUCAGCUUAGAAAAGGGAGUCUAUCAACAUCCACCCAGUUUAAACACUGGACUGUGAUAAAUCCAGGCACUGUUUUUAAAGCCCAGGAAUGCAAACGCAGCAGGUGCUUUGUUUACCCAUUACCCCUGACUUUCAAGGAUAUUCAUCUGUUGCCCAAACUUUUGGAAGGUCUAGUUGGGGAACAGAAGGCUAACCGUGAACUUGGGCUUAAAAGGCUGCUGGCAGGUCUGAACCAGAUGGAAUCUCCACCCCCUCUGCCCUGAGAUCCCAGUUCCUCUAGGAAGGUAAAUUCAGGCUAGGUUAAUUUAGUUCUUCCACAGCAACCCUGGCCCUCCACCCUUCCUAUAUCAGCAAGGUCAAGGAAGGGAGAAAGGGUGGGAAGCUGGGGAAAUGAACCGAAAUGUCCUCUGUGUCUCCACUCCUGUAAUUUUUAAAGGGUGUUCUAACUUUCACCCUUGGUCGACUUGGGGGUAAGCAUAGAAGCUCUUCAUUCUACCAACUUUAAAAAAACCACCAAUGAGUCAGUCUUCCCCUCCAGCUAAAUCCCAAGAGGAAAACUGUUGGAUGGAAACAGGAAGAGGAUGAUUUGGGGUCACAGGGAUAGGAGUUCACUUGUGACGUGAACCUUUCAGCAGAUCCAUUAGGGUUUUGACAGCAACUCAGCACCCACCCCUCAAAGAUAAGGACAGCUGCAAUUGGUUAUUGGCCAAGGCCGGUUCUUCAUGCUCCAAGACUUUUUUUUAUAAAUAGCCCCUCCCACUGCUUGGCUCCCAGUAGAAGUGGUUACCUUGGGCCAUUGACACCCAGCUUCUAUAAAAUGAGAAUUCACAGGAUUUUUACAAAAGCAGCUGACUGGCUCUAGCUGCCCUGGACCAGUUGGGAAAGGCUAGAAUGACCUUCCCUCAGCUGACUUGCAGACAUCUUCCCAGUGACAUGUGGUUCUUAGAAGGGCAGUGGCCCAGAAAUAGGUCUCCCCACUGGGAAUAAGAAAUCUGGGUUAGGGCCAUUGUGGGAGAUGUUUGUUUAUUGAAGCUCCAGGCCAAGAUUUCCCUGCUCUAUUUCUCCUUUCCACACCCUACUCUUACCCCCUGGAUUUCAACCUCUCAAGGUCACGUCCUACUAUUCAAAGCUUGGGGAGGCAAGAGAAAAAUGAGACAGAAGAGGAAGACACAGUCCUUUCCCUCACAAGCUGACUGUCCAAUACCUGUCUUUGCUUUUCUGGUUUCAUCUCAAGGUCCUCCAUGAACUGUGAGACAAACUUCUGUCUUAUCCUAAAAGGAUAUAAUAACUAUAAAGAUGAUAAAUCAUCAAUUUCACAAGCAUUAUGUUAUUUGAUCCCUGGAAAGUUGGUAGAACAAGCCCAAAGGUGACAGAAUUAAAAGAAAAAUGGCCCAAGGUCAUAUAGUAAGUUGUAUAAUAGAGUUGAACCCAGGUCUGCUGAUUGACAAUCCAUUCCCCUCUCUACUAUCCUGGGUCCAAAAGAGCAGGUUCAGGUGAUACAUAAGACUGGACCUGACUUAUUCACAAUCAAGCCAUGAAUGAAAAGGACCCUCUUCAAGGGCCAAAGGACAGAAAAUAAGAGUCUGGGCCAAAGUAGGGCAUAGCUCUACCUAGGCAGAAAAGGACUGAAAAUGGAGAGUCUGGCUUUCAAAAAUAAAAAAAGGGAAAAUAAUAAUAAUAAGCCAAGCAAAACAUUAGUAAGUUACCACAUACUUGAACGUUCAAGCUUAUUUAUUUUUUACAUCUGCGUUGGUUGUGUUGUAAGUGGGACUUCCCAAUCCUGGAGGUACAUUUUGUUUUGUUUUCUCUAAAAAUAAAUAAUAAGAUCUGCCAAAUGAAUUAAUAUAUGUGUAAGUAUGUAAUUAAAGCCUUGGGGGGGGGGUUGUGCAUAAUAAAAGAUGUUUGUGGUCUAACCUGUAUCCAACAAGACUCAGUUCCCUUCUGAAUCGAUGUGACUCUUCCUACCUCAAAACACAUGAAUAUAACUAAUCCUUGGAUGUCCU